GGUCAGAGGUUGCGAAACUGUCAUGGCGGCGCUGUGUAGGACCCGUGCCGUCACUGCCGAGAGCCAGCUCCGGCGAGUGUUUCUCCUCUCUCGGCCUUGUCGAGGCGCAGGCACCGAGAGUAGCUCCGGGAGUGAGAGUUCCGAUUCCGCAGAGCCUGAAAUGAGCCAAGGCGGCUUCGCGAGCGCUCUGGAACGGCAUUCGAAGCUGUGGCGGGAGGCGGAGCUCGGGCAGAAGACAGGCUCUCCAAAAAAUGUGGAAUCCUUUGCAUCUAUGCUGAGACAUUCUCCUCUUACACAGAUGGGACCUGCCAAGGAUAAACUAGUCAUUGGACGAAUCUUCCAUAUUGUAGAAAAUGAUCUUUAUAUAGAUUUUGGCGGCAAGUUUCAUUGUGUAUGUAAAAGACCAGAAGUGGAUGGAGAGAAAUACCAGAAGGGAACCAGAGUCCGGCUGCGGCUGUUAGAUCUUGAACUUACAUCUAGGUUCCUGGGAGCGACCACAGAUACAACUAUACUUGAGGCGGAUGCAAUUCUCUUAGGAAUCCAGGAGAGUAAAGAUGCAAAAUCAAAAGAGGAACAUCGUGAAUAAGAAACAAACUUUGCUUAAUGGAGUCACUCCUGUUUUGUUGAACCCAGAUAUUCAUCAAGAAUGCAAUUAGAAAAUUGUGAAUAAAUGAUUGAAAGAAGACACAAUAAAUGAAAGCUAUAAUUAUA